CUGUUGGCUCUCCUAAGCUUGCAGCAGGUCAGGAUAUUUUUGAGUACUCCAGGUAGAGGAAGAGGUGUGCACCAUGUCUAUUAUUAAGAUUCACGCCAGAGAGAUCUUUGAUUCUCGUGGAAACCCCACAGUGGAGGUUGAUCUUUACACUGACAAAGGUCUGUUUCGUGCUGCUGUUCCCAGCGGUGCUUCUACUGGGAUCUAUGAAGCUCUGGAGCUGAGAGACAAUGACAAGUCUCGCUUCCUGGGGAAAGGCGUCUCCCAGGCUGUUGAACACAUUAAUUCAACUAUUGCCCCUGCACUUGUCAGUGAGGAUGUAUCUGUGGUUGAUCAAGAGAAAAUUGACCAGAUGAUGAUCGAUUUGGACGGCACCGAGAACAAAUCCAAAUUUGGUGCAAACGCCAUCCUCGGUGUUUCUCUGGCUGUUUGCAAAGCUGGCGCUGCAGAAAAAGACGUUCCCCUGUACCGCCACAUUGCUGACCUGGCAGGUAACCCUGAGGUCAUCUUGCCUGUGCCGGCCUUCAAUGUGAUCAACGGCGGGUCUCACGCUGGUAACAAGCUCGCCAUGCAGGAGUUCAUGAUCCUGCCCAUUGGUGCCAGCACCUUCAAGGAAGCCAUGCGUAUCGGCGCAGAGGUUUACCACAACCUGAAAAAUGUCAUCAAGAAGAAAUAUGGACAGGAUGCCACAAAUGUGGGCGACGAAGGCGGCUUUGCUCCAAACAUAUUGGAAAAUAAGGAGGCUCUGGAGCUCCUGAAGGAGGCCAUUACUAAAGCUGGGUACACAGAGGAGGUCGUGAUUGGCAUGGACGUAGCUGCGUCCGAGUUCUACCGGGACGGAAAAUACGACCUGGACUUCAAGUCGCCUGACGACCCGAGCCGCUACAUCACACCAGAUGAGCUGGCUGAUCUCUACAGGAGCUUUGUGAAGGAUUAUCCAGUGGUGUCUAUUGAGGAUCCGUUCGACCAGGACGACUGGGCGGCCUGGACUAACUUCACAGAGAGUACAGACAUCCAGGUUGUUGGAGAUGAUUUAACUGUAACAAAUCCCAGCCGCAUCUGCAAGGCGGUGGAGGAAAAGGCCUGCAACUGUCUGCUGCUCAAAGUCAAUCAGAUUGGAACAGUUACAGAGUCAAUGAGGGCGUGUAAGAUGGCCCAGGAGAGCGGUUGGGGUGUGAUGGUGAGUCACCGCUCCGGGGAAACUGAGGACACCUUCAUAGCCGAUCUGGUGGUCGGACUGUGCACAGGACAGAUCAAGACGGGGGCUCCUUGUCGUUCUGAGCGCUUGGCUAAGUACAACCAGAUCCUGAGAAUUGAGGAGGAGCUGGGGGACAAGGCUCAGUUUGCUGGGAAAAACUUCAGGAGUCCUGUGAUUGAGUGAAUGAGACAUUUACUGGUGAAUGCAAAAAUGUGUGUGAACACUUCAGUUUAACGAUUAGAUGUGUAGAAGUCCUUCUCUCAGUACAUAAAAACUACUAUCCAUGUCAGCCAUGAGCUCUGAUGAGGGAAAUAAUAGCUCUGAUUGUAGUACAAUAUUGUUUUGACCACAAACACCUGCACUUUGGAAAGGAAGAUAAUAAAGUUUUGUUAGUGACAAAAAUA